AUGGCGGCCGCAGCAGGAGUAGCGAAGCAGGUCAUUCGACGGGCACAGCUAUACGUCCCGGGCUCCUCCAUGCGCUUCCUCGAAAAAUCCCGCUCCAUCCCCGCCAUCGACAGCCUCUGCUACGACCUCGAAGACAGCGUGACCCCCUCGCAAAAACCCUCCGGCCGCGCCAACGUCCUGCAGAUCCUCAAUCGCGAGCGCGCGCCCGGGAUCCGGGAACAAGCCGUGCGGAUCAACGCCGUCGACUCGGGCUACGCCCUCGACGACCUGACCGAGAUCCUCAAAGGCGAGAAUCUGGACUGCAUCGUCGUGCCCAAGGUCGAUGCGCCGAAGGAUCUGCACUUCGUCACGGAUGUGCUAAGGCAGGUUUUGCCGGAACGGCAUGCGGAGGGGAGCACGAGGUUUGUGAGGAUUGUGGCGUUGGUGGAGAGUGCGCGGAGUGUGAUGGAUUUGAAUGCGAUUUGUAAGGCCUCGCCGUAUCUUUCUGGGUUGACGUUCGCGGCGGAGGACUUCGCGAUGGAUUUGUCGAUCACGCGGACGCCGGGGUUGCAGGAGUUUUUGUAUGCGAGGAGUGCGAUCGUUGCGGCGGCGAGGGCGCAUAAUCUGCCUUCGACGAUCGAUCUUGUGACGACGAGUUUCCGCGGGGAGGAGGGGAAGCAGGUGUUGCGGGAGGAGAGUGAGAAUGGGAAGCGGUUUGGGUUUAAUGGCAAGCAGUGUAUUCAUCCGGAUCAGGUGCCAGUUGUGCAGGAGGUGUAUAGUCCGUCGGAGAAGGAGGCCGAGUGGGCGGUGAGGGUGGUAUUGUGUGAUCGGAAGGCUGACGAGCAAGGACGAGGCGCGUGGACAUUGGAUGGGAAGAUGAUCGAUGUGCCUGUGGUGGGGAAGGCAAAGGCGAUUGUGGCGAAGGCUGAGGUUUGUGGGUUUGAUGUGAAGGGGCUGAUGGAGAAGUUCAAGGACGAGGAGCCGCAUUAG